CCACAAGGGAAGAUUUGAGGCUUUCCGAACUUUCAAUUUGAAAACAUGCUCCCUCAAAGCCUAAUAAGAAGGUUUGUGUAGGAAAAACAUGUUGAAAAUGAUAAUGUUUUCUGAUCCCAGGUGUGCUACUGGAUGUCUCAAGAUUUCGGAUCCGGAUUCUUAUUACACGGAUUCAACCUCAGAGCAGAGGAUGAACGAGGCCAGCUUUCUGGAUUCAUCCGAUAUCUAUGAGAUACCGGAGGGGAAUGAGGAUGAGGACGGGGAAAAGGACAAAGACAAUGAAAAGGACAAGGAGAAGGACGAGGAGAAGGACAAGGAGAAGGACGAGGAAGAAACCAAAAUUAUUUCGACUGAAAACACAAAUGUAGAAACUUCGUGUGAUACAAUUAUUUGUGAAAAGUCUACUGAAGAUCUGAAAACAGCUGAACAUGAAAACAGCCGCGAGAAAGAAGCAAAAGCUGAAAAUGAAGAAGAUGAUGAUUUUGGAGAGAUAAAGAACAGUGAUGAGAAGUAUGAAGAUGAAGAAAAGGUUGACCAACUUGAAUCUAGAAUAAAAACUCUGGAGAAUAAUGUUCUUACUCUCAAAAAACAGCUGUUUAGCAGUUCCUUAAAAGUGUGCAAUCAGGAAAAAUUAAUUCGAGGAUUACGAGCAGCUGAAAAAGACAAAUUAUCAAGUAUAACCCUCCAACUUUUAGAACUUCAGUCUAAUCUUCAGCGACGAGAGAAAGAGAUUAGCAACGCUCUUCUCAGCAGGGAUAAGAGAAUCCGAAGCCAGAGUAAGCUGAUUGAAGAAAUGAUGCUCCAAAGAUAUAAUACUUUACCAAAAACACUCUCCAGUGACCGUUGUGACCGACGUCGGAAUAGUUCAGGACGCAGCGAAGACUCCGACAGCGGAGUUGUUGUAACGGAUUCGGACUACAAGAAGGAGGAUAUUCGAGUAAUCAGAUCAAUAUCAGAUGUUGUUAAAAAUUCAAGAGUUGGAAAACUAUUCUCUAGAGAACUACUUUUUAGUCAUAUAGCUGAGUCGGAGACAGACAGUACGCUUAGUAUCAAUACAGAAAUCGAGUUUAGAAAAUCCGAACUUUUCUUGACUGGGUCCCCAGAUUCUUGGAGCCAGGAUACGGGGGGAGGCUUGAACACGCCCCCUGACAUAAGAACGCCCACCCAGAGGGCGUAUCUGAAUCACCGGGGCGUAGUGAAACCCAAGGAUGUGAAGUACCGGAGAAUUACAAAAACCAAAUCUAGGUCAAUGGAGGAACUCAGAGAGAAACUAAGGAUCGAGUCUUUAUUUGAAGAAGAUGCAGAUUUCUGAGAAACGUUCCUCUUUGUUUUCAGUUUAUCAGCAAAUCAUGUUCCC